AGCCUGACCUUUUGGCUCGGGCUUGACCGGUGCCAGCCAUGGCCUUCCGUUUGACCUAUCGGCGGCAAUGCCAUCUCCAUCUUCCAAGAGUUCUUGGCUUUGUCGAUACUCUUCGCCAACAUCGAUGUGCUCCCAAGUGGUCUUCUGCCGCAUCUCAUGGAGCCCCUCGGCUUCCGGGCAGGCGGCACGGCCCGAGACCCGAGGCUACAACACCAAGUCCAACAAGCAGCGGGUGGUGAAGACUCCGGGCGGCCGGGCCGUGUUUCAGGUGGUGAAGAAGAAGGCGAAAGGCCCCAUUUGCGGUGACUGCGGCAAGGCCUUGAUCGGCCUCCCUCGCUUGCGGCCCAUCGAGUACGCUCGACUGAAGAAACGUGAGAAGCGUGUGAACCGCGCGUACGGUGGCUCCCGUUGCGCUGGCUGUGUGCGCUCACGCAUUGUGAGGGCCUUCUUGAUUGAGGAGCAGAAGUGUGUGAAGCAGGUCAUUGCGGAGAAGAUAUCCCAGCAGAAGAUGGCCACCGAGGGUGGCAAGAAACCGAAGAAGAAAUGAAUAGAUUUGAAAGGUGCUUUGGGAGAUCAGGCGGUUUGACAACGGCGCAAAGGCAUGCGAAGGCUGUGGCUAGAGGAUGUACAAAAAGGGCCGACACCUGAGAGCUGGGUCGGGUGAUCCUUGUCGUUUGGGGGUGUGAGAUGUCAUUUACAUCCGCUUACUAUGAAGUCACAUAUCGUCACGUGACGCGGAC